CUAACAAUUGUGGAUCGACAUUGGAUCGAGGGACCCGGAUUACACCGGGACUGUUGAACUUGAGGAUGCGGAAUCACUUGAAGAAAGUUGUUUCAAACCGACGCCCGACGAAGCGCACCAGGGCCUUGGUCUGCGAACGGUGUAGGUUGGUGGCGUGGGGGGAGGCGGGGAGGCGGGGAGGCGGGGGGCAGGCAGCCUGCGCGAAACGCGCGUCUGAGGAGUACGCGCAAAGACGCGCAUCCCGCGCCAGCGCCAGACCGCCAUUGCGAUAGGUAUAGCGGCGCUCAUUGAGUGCAUGAUGCCAUCCGACUUUGGACAUGCUGACGAGCUGACGCAUACACAAUAGAAAGCGGAGCGAGUGCAUCCAUCGCCAAGUCGAUGGGUAGCAUGGCCGCCCACGCAACGCUUUAGCCCAUCCGACUCUCCAAGACUGACAAUGCAAAUCCAAAGGAGAAGCAAAACAUCUCUCACAUCAGGUCCUCAUGUUCGGUAAUGGCAGGCGCAAAAGCAAAAGAUCAGGGGCCAACCACCCUCGCUUUAUUUUUAGGUGCGAGGGGCGCUGGCAUCUCUUCCUUCUGUCUUCGACUGGCGUGCUGUUACUGCUGGUUGGUGGCUCCCUUCGCGCACCCGCUAGCAGCCAGUGAUCCUUCAGAGGCUGUCGCUGCUUGAGAGGGGAUUCGACAGUUUGUUUAAGGAGGAGUUCCUCGGGCUCGAACCGAGGUCUUCCUGCUUCCAUCCAAGGUGCAUAUCACCCUGGAUGAAGCAUAUCGCGCACCUUGCACUGGAAACCGCUGAACUAAAGUGGACUUGUUACACACACCAGAUAUUUUGUGUUAUUUAAACUGCGCGUUUCAUCACGUGACCGGGUGCCGGCGUGCGUGCGCUGAAGCCCGCCGCGCAGCAUCCAUGCAGCAUGCUGCCCUGUGCCACUUGAUAUAGUUAGGCGCCAAUCAAUAUGGCAUGCACACGACUUCCAUCUCUCAAUCGAUCACCGUGCGACCACCGCUUCUUCGCAGCCCCUUUCGAAUUCAUCACCCACAGCAAUCGUGAUUGGUUGCAGAACUUGUGCCGACUGCCGCGAGAUCGCUUGCACCUCACCACACUGCCUCGGACAGCAUUAGCACUAGCCUCGCUUUGCUACAAUCCAUCUGAUAAUCUGCGCCCGCCCGCCUGGCGACAGUGAUACCUCGCGGAUUUGCGAACGCCACGACUCAUCACCAUCGCAGCAGGCACUGAAGCGGCUUCACUGGCUCGAUUCUUCAUAUGAGCGCCCUGGACUUCGUCGAGCCAAAGUUGCGCAGCCAGCCUCUCGCGCCUGCAACUGGUCUGCCAUCGCCAUU